AUGUUUUCCUGGAUCACGGGCCCGCGCAUCACCAACGUGAUCGAAGACCUCCAAGCAGAGCCCGCGUACGAGUCCACGUUCAUCGAUCCUCCCGAGACGCCGGCCCACCAGUUUGCGGUCAAGGCAUUCAAGCACGCAAUCUUUGGCACCCCCGCGCCUGAAGACCUCAACAAUGCGACGAGGAAGUUCGAGACCAGGGCCAAUAUGGCUGCAGUGAACGCGAAGUUCACGGAGCUGCCUGCGCCCAAAGACGAUGGCUUGUCACAGUCGCCUGCGAAACGAGCCGGCGGCAUCCUCAUGACUCCAGGGACGGCGAGUAAGGGGAGGAAGACCGUGUCGUUUGGGUCACAAAUAGAGGACAACGAGGGGAAGAGAAGCGGCAUCAACAGGAGCGGCAUCCCGAAUGACUGCCCCGGGAGGUUCCCCAGCCCGUGGACACCCGGUACCGAGCUGCGGUUGGACCCCGCGAGCGACAUGAGGCCCCGUACAAAGCUCACUGAAGCCUUGCUCGAUGCGCGCACCACUACACAACCGAAAUCCGGACAGAGACCCAAGGCGAGAGACGACAGCGACAUCACGAUGGACCUAGGUGCACCACGCUCGGACUCUGGCAAGUAUUGGAAGGAGCAGUACGAGAGUUACGCUGAGCGAAGCGAGAGGGAGAUGAAGAAGGUCGUUGCGAAACAGCAACUUGCUAAGAAGUUCGCCAUGAAGAAAGACAACGAGGUCACAGAGCUGGCUACGAAGCUCGAGCAGGAGCGGAAGCGGUUCAGGUCACGGGAGCGAGAGCUGGAGCUGCAGACCAAGGACUACCAGGAAAGGCUGCGUCAAGCUAUGGCUGAGAACACGUCGACGAGCAUGGAGAAUGCGGCCUUGAAGUUGCGCAUAGCCACUCUGGAGAAGACAGCGGCAACGGCGACAAGCGCGCAAGCGAAACCCGAGAUUUCAAUCUACGAAGACACAAGCAAGGAGGCGAUACGGCUACGGAAGGAGUCAGAAGCUGCGGCUGAAGCAUCGUUCGCACCUUCGCUCAGCGUGGCAUCGUCUGGUAAAGAAAACAACUCCCCGCCAAAGUCAAGACGCACCCGCCGUCAAACGCUGCCAAACACCGCGAACCGCCACGAUGCUCCGUCGAGAUUAGGAAAGGCCGAAGGCGAGGCGUCGGUCGUUCUUGCAAAGUCUCCUGCGAUGCCUAUCGAGUCCACGAAGCCAUCACUAGAGCCUCCUCAGUCAACACGUCCUUCGAGGUCACCGCUCAGCAUUCGCAGAGCCAGUCCAUCAAAAGAGAAUGUCGGUCUCUCAUCACCGGUCCCAAUCCUCCCCUCAAGUCCACUACCCAUGCCGUCACCAGAUCUGCCGGACACAUGGAUGAACAUGGAUGAAAGCUCGAUACCGCAACUAGACAAAAGGACGAUGCCAACAGCGGGAUCGCCGUACAUGAACCCAGCAUGGAACCCGCCGGCUAAGAAACAUCGUGUGUCGAAGUCGGUGUCACAGACCACAAAGUCAGAAUCACAAUCCAUCCGCCGGCAGAUGGAGAAGGUAGACGCGAAAAUGGGGACGAAGGCUCAGAGCCACGGUUCAGAUAAGCCAGCGCUGGAGUUGGAGGCGCGACUUGCUGCGCUGUCUUCCAAGCCAACUAAGAAGCAGGAUAUGGAGAAGUCCAAGACCGAAUCAGCCAAACAAUCACCGACUGACCCCAAGUUCGAUCUCUCAAAGAUCACAUCUCACCACGCGGAAGGAUCGACAAAGGUCAAGCACGAUAGGGCUGAGAUGUUGCCGGUCGACCGGAAGGCUGAAGCGAGGAGGCGCCUUGAGGAGAGGAAGAAGCUGAAGAAAGCUGCGCCUGCAUGA